GUUGUAUUGACUGCACAACACAUACAACACAUGUAAACGUAUUGAGUGUUUGACUCAAUUGAACGCCAAUUACAGCGAAACACGAGUCAAACAAUUUGUUUGAAACAAACAGUGCUUUCAAUUCAUCGUUGAAUCGGAGGAAGCGAUCCAUUGAUUGGUCUUUGCAUUUGGAUAAUCACCGAAACGAUGAGCGGAUCCAACGUUUGCGGCAUAAAUCGUGUCCACAAUUACUACUUAUGGGCCGUUUCUGGCAUUUAUUUGUUCGCCUUUACGUCCAUUUAUACGCAAAUACCGGGUCUUUACGGCGACGAUGGGGUACUACCGGUGCGUGCGUUCGCGCAGAUGGAUAAGAGGGGGGCGUCGGCUAUAGUGGAGGCGUUCAAACGGGUUCCGUCGCUCGUAUGGUUGGGUCCGUCCAUUGGGCUCUCCUUUGCGUCCACUCUGGAGAUCGUCGCUCUCUCGGGAAUUGUCAUCUCAUUCCUGGGGCUCAUCACCAAACGGUUCCGCGACUUCUGGAGCUAUUCGCUGCUAUUUGUGCUCUAUUUCUCCAUAUAUCAGGUUGGGCAAACGUUUAUGUGGUUUCAAUGGGACACUCUAUUGCUGGAGACGGGACUACUGACGGCGUUGACGGCCCCACUCAACCUCCCACUGCUGGUCGAGUCGGGACCGCACACUGGCCUCACUUUCUGGUUGGUUCGGUGGCUGUUAUUCCGUCUGAUGUUCGCUUCGGGUGUGGUUAAGCUGACCAGUGGUUGUCCCAAAUGGUGGACACUCACGGCGCUGGACAUACACUUCGAGUCCCAAUGCAUUCCCACACCAUUCGCGUGGUUUGUCCACCACUUUCCGUCCUCUUUACUCCGGUUGUCAGUUGUCAUGACUUAUGUCAUCGAAAUCGCGGUUCCCUUUCUCUUCUUCAUCCCAAUCAAGAAUCUAAGAAUAUUUGCGUUUGUUAUGCAAGUGAUAUUUCAAUUGGCAAUCAUUUUGACGGGAAAUUACAAUUUUUUCAAUUUGUUGACAACCGUUCUCUGCCUAUCCAUACUUAACGACUCUCACGUGAAGACCACCGUUGUAUCCGCUAAUACGGGCGCCAACAGCGGUCUAAAGCGAAGAUUUCUAAUGCCUAAACUGAUCCGCAAAGUGAUCACUGGUUUCGCAUACUUUGGGCUCAUGUAUUGGACAAUACACUUGUUUAACAUUAACUGGAGCUCCGGUGGGCUGUCGACGAGCGUUGGUUUCGAUAACAAUCAAUUGAACCAAUUUAUCCUUUGGGCGCUUCCCGUCUCCAUAUCGUUGGCCACACUUUCUCUCGUUUCCAAUGUAUUGAUGGCUUUCUCGAGAUGCCUUAUUUUGCCGACAAGUGGUUUGACUCGAGUUGUGAACCUAUUCUACACCACUCUAUACACGAGUGCCGUUGUGUUUAUGUUUUGCGUAUCACUUGUGCCACACGUGAGCGUCGAUCCGACCCAUUCGGUCCGUCUCUGGCCUGUCAUUAAUCGGUGGCAUAAGUCGGUCGACAGGUUUCCGGUCGCAAACAGUUACGGCCUCUUCAGGCAUAUGACUGGCCUUAACGGUAGACCAGAACUGGUGAUUGAAGGCAGCAAUGAUAUGGCUUCAGCCGGCGGUUGGAAAGCCUAUCAUUUCCUUCAUAAACCGGGAGAUAUGACUAAAGCGCCCAAAUUUAUUGUCCCACAUCAGCCGCGAUUGGAUUGGCAGAUGUGGUUCGCGGCGCUCGAUAGCUAUCAAAACAAUCCAUGGCUUAUGAAUCUGUGCUAUCGUUUGUUGACAGCGCAGCCGGAAGUGUUGGAUCUGUUGGACAAAAGCCAACUGCCGUUUAAAAAGGCGCCCAAAUUUGUUAGGAUUCGUUUGUUUACAUAUCGAUACACAGGCAAAAACGCAAAGAACUGGUGGCGAAGGGAAGACGAGAGGGAAUACGUGCCGCCCGUCAGCAUAGAAUCGUUGGCUAAAUAUAUUAAAGCCAAUGGCAUAGAGACCUCACCGACCAUUGACUUGAGUGACAAACACCCGUUUGUGACCAAAACGUUAUCAUCUGUGCGCCGAUUAUGCACUCAAUUGCCCGCAAAUUCAUUUAUUUAUUCACUGUUUUCGGCCGCACUUCUGAUCGCAAAUUUCUAGUUUAGUUAUUUAGUAAAAAUUCUCAUUAUUUUUCUCAUUUCUAUUUAUUUACAAACUAUUGAAUAAAAUAUUUAUUUAAUUCAA